UUUAUUUUUGUUUGGUUGUGCUUUCCCAAAGUCUUUAUCGUUCAUUUUCUUUUGAUAUUGUCACAAAAAAAACUGAAUUGAAAACGUUGUGUGGAAAAGGAGGUUCAGGAAAAUAUGCUUUUGCGGCUGGGCAGAUGUGUCUGGCAAACACAGCUAAGGGAUAGCUCUAUACAAUUUGGACGAGAUACAAGCAAUCGAUUGUUAUUGCAUCAUGUUGGUCGCUCGACGGAGGCACGGACAGCUCCCGUUUUUCGUCAAAUACGCACAUCCGUACAAUCUAAAAAUCCAUCUCGUCCCGUCAUUCAACCAUUAGGUGAAGUUGGAGGUGGACAUGUGCCAUCGGAAAAUGUUUUCAAAGCACUGAUAUUUACGGGAGCGUUUAGUAUUGGAGCUUUUGCUGGGGCAACGGUAAUGGAAUAUGAGAAUACCCGUAAUAUGAUGUUGGAGAAAGCGAGACAGGCAAAAUUGGGUUGGAUCCGAAGAAAACCAAGCGAAGAAGAUCCAUGGGAAAGUAUUAAACGCGAUAUCAAACGUCUGUGGGAACGUUUGUCGCCGGGUGAAAAAAUCUUUGCUCCCAUUUGUGCUGCCAAUGUAGUGGUGUUCGGCCUGUGGCGUGUGCCUGCUUUAAGAGCAACCAUGAUGAAAUAUUUUUGCUCAAAUCCGGCAGCAAAAGCGGUAUGUUGGCCCAUGUUCCUAUCAACUUUUAGUCAUUAUUCGGCCUUUCACUUAUUUGCCAAUAUGUAUGUGCUGCACAGUUUUUCCAAUUUGGCUGUGUUAUCGCUGGGAAAGGAGCAAUUUUUGGCUGUGUAUUUGAGUGCGGGUGUCAUAGCAAGUUUGGCAAGUGUUUUAUAUAAAGCCCUGACAGUACAAGCUGGUCUCUCUAUUGGAGCGUCCGGUGCCAUAAUGGCAGUAUUGGCAUAUGUCUGCGCCCAAUAUCCCGACACCCAACUGAGUAUAUUAUUUUUACCAAUGGUAACUUUUUCGGCUGGAACGGCCAUUAAAGUAAUUAUGGGUAUAGAUUUGGCUGGUUGCAUAAUGGGUUGGAAAUUCUUUGAUCAUGCUGCUCAUUUAGGUGGAGCUAUAUUUGGACUAUUUUGGACAUAUUAUGGAGCAGAACUUUGGCAAAAACGUGUUCCUCUGUUGACCAUGUAUCACGAUUGGCGAAAAACGAAAUAGAUACUGUGCUAAAUUGACAAAGAAAUCGGAUACCUAUCACAUUAGUGCAAAUACAAAAACACAAACAAAAUAUAAUAAUA